UCGUUGAACGUGCGUAUUGUGCGCCGGUUCACGGUGCGUGGUUCACCGACAAGGGGCACACUAUCGCAGCCGGAGGCGGGACCCGUUUAAAAACUAUCUGGCGGGUGUUCUUCGCCGGGUGCCCCUGGUGCGCGCCAGCCGCUGUGGAGUCGUCCGGCUGCACGGCUGGCGUUUGCUUUUCGAGGCUCCGAAGUGAGUCAGUCAGUCAAGCGUCGACCAUCGAAGGGAUCGGUCGCGGAGCGUUCCCUCUUGUUCGCCGUCUCGACGAUUUCCUUUCGCCACGGAUCGUUCCCUGCGCGGAUUCGUUAUGAAUCAUUCACCGAUCGCGAAAAGGACACACAGAUCGUGACCGGUUCCCGGAGUUUCGAACACGAGCGACGUUCGAUGGGGUUUCAUUGGAAUUUCCAUUGAUCAACCCCCGCAGAAGUUACAUUACCAACGCGACAGAGGAUCCAUUGUUUCGAGCCCGAUUAUACACACAGUGCGUGCGAUUAUUUCUCAUCGACGUUCAUCGACAAUGUUGUCCAGAGACCUGUUGGCGUUCGCGAUGGUGGUGUCCAGCCUGUCGAUCGCUGUCGGCGCAUCCGUGGAUCUCGACUCGGGCGACUACGAGGUGUUUGGCGACAACGAGGGAAAGUCCGAUGACAACAGUGAUUCCCGGAACGCGAGGGAGGUGAGGUGCUACUGCAACCAACCGGAAUGCGUGCCCCAAGGAUACAUGUGCCGCGGCAGGGGCUGCUUCACGGAGCUGCCUUCGAACGCGGACCCCUCGUUGCUCAGGGUGGAGCACAACGCGUACAGCGGCUGCCUGGACGAGAGCUUCAAGGAGCAACGAUGUCCCACGGGAUACCUCUGUUGCGAGCAGGAUCUCUGCAACCACGUGGACAGCCCAGCCAUGAGAAACAGGCUGAACAAGACCCUUCAAGUGUUGGUCGGUGACCAGCGACCUUUCCUCAGUCCGGUGCAGCCGAUCAAUCACGGGGGUCAGUCGGCGGACGGCUGGUUCAAGACCGCGACUAUCGCCGUGCCGAUUUGCGGUCUAAUCGUCCUGCUGAUACUAGCCAGCCUCGCCAUCAGGCUGCUGCAGCCCGUGCCGACGCAGAGCGACAAGCUCGGGCCCCAUCGGAUGCCCGACAACGGGCCCCCGCUGCUGGGACCGCCGAAAGUGCCUCUCGUCUGAAAAUCCUCUUUUCAGCGAUCCAAAGACGUUCUGAAAGUGUUCUAGCCGAUAGACGUAUAUAUACAUAGUUAAGACUAUCUUAGUAGGAAGCUAGCGGGCUCACGAUGGCUCCACUUGGCUGUGAAUUUUGUGAAAAGAUAAAAACCUAGGAAAACACGAGAAAAAAAUGGAAACGAUACAAGCGACUGCUGUAAAUUAUGACACUGCGCGUUGUGCAUCGCGAGCGCGAUCCCUCUCCGCGUCGGGGAGCCGGAUUCUACGCGACUCGCGUCGCGCGAGUCGGGAAACAGUGGAAUCGCAUGAUAUCACCUUAUUAUUGUAGCACUGUAAAUAGAAUUAUGUAUUUUCUAUCGUAUUAGACGGUACCGUUUACUUAGGCGACGUAAACCUGUAACCGGCGUGCCACGAUUUCGUCGACGCAUCGACACUAGCCACGGGAUCUAAUAAGCGUGAUCUAGCAAUAAGAGGGAGCCGCGUUGCUCCUUUCCGGCGAGGAGAAACGCGAACGAAGCGAAUCGCGCGAGGAACAAUAAAAGUCUGAUGUCUGUCUCGUUCUCUAUUUCCCUUUCCAUCUUACUCUCUAUCUUGCUUUCUAACUUGCUUUCUUGUUCGUUUCUCUAUUUUACUCUUGGAAUCGCGUAAGAGCAUCUUCUUCCGGAAAAUCAAUUGUUCUGGUACACACCGACGAUGUACUUCUCACACAGUAAUCGUAUUCCAUGUAUGAAUAUUAUUGUAUUGUGAUAAUCUAGCGUAGACGCGAGACGAUUCCGCCGCAAACGCGUGUUACUCGCGAGGGGAACGACGAUGACGAAUAUCGAUGCGAGGAUCGACUUGAAAUACAUUGAAACGAUUUUUCAGUAAUCGGUCUCUAUUUAUUUGCUCCUUUUUUUUUAUUAAUUACAUACACGUACCAUAUCGAAUACCCGAUAUAUAGGAGGGGGUAUGUCAUUACUUCGUAAAAUAGGUAUUCCAUUUGAUCGGCUCAGAAAAAAUUUGUCGCUCGCUCCUUCUCCGAAAUAGUAGUAACCAUAAAACGCUAGUAUAAUAUAAAUGUUUUGGCAUCACAGUUUAAAAUCGUACAAUUUUUCACGUUCCUUGUCCCGUCGUGUUCCUUUUUUGCAAUUUCCUUGUCGUAUAUAUCCCUUUGCUGUGUCUUUCCGAACGUUCUCGUUUGCUCUGUUACCGCGAGUAUGUGUACAUCUGUGUUCUUUCGUGUGUGGCGUGUGUCUCUCUCUCUCCAUUGGGCUCAUACCUUGUUAACGCGUUCCACGUGACCCGGCUCCGUCACUUCCUCGGGAGAAAAAUGUAUUACUUUAUAAAAAUACUGUUUAAGGUAUGUAUCUCCGUUUUAAAUCUAUGCUUCGUCUCUCCCCAGCCCCAGACCCAGC